AUGGACACGGACAUUCCAGAUACGAUCACCUCCACGGCCGCCGACACAAUCGAGCUUCUGGAGACGCGACUCCGCAGGAUCGAAUACCUUUUGACCGGAGGCACGAGCUGGACCGGUGAGCCGGAGCGGCUUCCCGGGCCACCUGCAUCGGCGAGGGAGUCGGUCGCGGCGCGUCUGGCUGGGUUGGAGCGCGAGCUGAGGGUGUUGAGCACAAAGGUUCCUGCGGUGCAGGAUGUGUUGAAGCUCUAUUCUCGUUACCCCGAUCUCUUCCAGAGCUCCGAUCCGUCCACCGUUCCCAGCACCCUGUCCACCCAAUCCCUCGCCUCAAUCGUCCUCUCCUACGCCACAGCCUUUCCCGAAACCGCUUCGCGACUCAGCUCGCUGCAGGACCUGCCCAUUCCACCGGCCAAAGCGUCGACGAGCCUGAUCGAGCUCCAGCCGCGGAUCGAUCGGGCGCUGCGGGAGGAGGAGAGGCAGGCGGGUGAAUUGGCGGAGCUGAGGGCGCGGAGUGCGCUGUUGAUGAAGAGGUGGAUGGAGGUGGGGAUUGUUGGGGGUGGGGAGGUUUGGGGGGAGUGGGAGGAGAGGGUGAGGAUGGCGGAGAGGGAGGUGAGGAGGUUGGAGGGGAGGAUGGCGAGGGAGGAGUGA